AGUGCUUGGGAGCAGAUGCGUUCGGCCGGUGCGCGCGCGUGUGUGGGAUGCGGUGCAAAGUGGAGUGCAGAGUGUGGGAUUUUUUUGAACCGCUAAGACGACAGGGUGAUACCUGCGUGCUGCAGCGGAGGUUCCCCCCCACCCCCCAUCACCCUCACCACCCCCCACCCCCACUCUUUGCUAUAAAAUAUUUAUAACAGAAGGCAGGCUAAAUAUUCCAGUCACGUUUUGGGGCUGUCAGCCGGCUGUCCUGAGGAGCACUGGAGUGGAACCCGGUCCAACACCGGAGACGGACACCUGCAGUAGGAUGUAAACGGAGUUCCCACUCUUCACACUGCAUGAUGACCACUUUGGCCGCCAUCUUCACCAGUGUCUCGUGAGACCCAGAAGAAAAGCAUGUGGCGUGGUAGCCGCUGUUGCUAUGUGUAAAGGAACACCGUGGCACCAAUGGAGACCGAAGGCUAUCGUGACCUCCCGGAGACCAGUGAUGGUCAGGGGGUAGGCCUGCUGGAUGGACGAGGCGGGGGUGCGGCAGAGGAGGAUUGGAGCGCCCCCUACCCUCUGGGCUUCCAGGUGUCUUUGACCACAGUCCUGAUCCUGGAGCUGGUGCUGGGCUUCAGCAGCAACUUGACCGUACUGGUGCUGUACUGUGCUCAGUCCAACCUGGUGGAUUCAGUCAGCAACCUGGUCACCGUCAACCUCCACGUCCUGGAUAUACUGGUCUGUGUGCUGUGUCUGCCGCUCACAGUGGCCGUCAUCCUCGUCCCGGCUAACGGAAGCGGCGUCGGGAGCCUGGCGACGUUGUGCUGCUUCCACGAAGCCUGCGUUACCUUCACCAGUGUGGCCACGGCUGUGAACGUCCUGGUGAUCAGCCUGGAUCGCUACGACAUCUCAGUACGUCCGGCCAGCCGCCUCCUGAACCCUCGCAGAGCUGGACUGCUCCUGGCGGCUGUGUGGGCCGUCUCUCUGGCUGUCUUCUUCCUGCCUUUCCUUGAGGGGGACUUCUUCUCUUCAAGGGAGGAGGACAGUGAGGAAGAGGGGAACAUAGACUUUGAGACUCCUACUGGACACACAACACUUUUUUCUUCUCUUUCACCUUCUGUUUUACCUUCAACGCACCCCUCCUCACCUUCACGCAACCUCUCUCCGGUAUGGCAGAACAGAACACUGCUGUGCAUCGGAGGGCAGGGGUACUACACGGGAAUGGCGAUGUAUUACCACUUGUUACUCCAAGUGCCAUGCUUCUUCAUCGCUGUGGUCGUCAUGCUCUUCACCUACUCCCGCAUCCUUCAGGCCCUCAACAUCCGCAUAGGCUCCCACAUGAUGAGGGGUUCCCGUACAAAGGACUCCACCUGCAGGAUACGCUGCAGGACAAGGAAGAAGGAGCUCACCUUGCCAACAGAGGUCGUCUCCUCCAACCAGAACCAGAAUCUCUCUCAUCCACCCCUUAUUCCCUCUCCCACUCCCACAUCCCCUCCGCCACUUUGCUCCAUGCCCCAAGGGAUUUCCGACAGCGGUGCCACGGUCACCACCGUCAGCACCGCCGCCACCACCCCCAUCGCCACCACCCCCGCCACCCCUGCUUCCCCGACUCCCGCUUCAGGAGCCACACAGACCCGCGCCACCUCCCCGCUGCCGGCUUCCUCCAUGGGCGUCCAGGCUUCGGUCUCUGCCAUCAUCGCCUUGAGACGAGCCGUGCGUAGGCACCGGGACCGUCGGGAGCGUCAGCGCCGUGUUCUUAAAAUGUCUCUAAUAAUUAUAUCCACCUUCCUGGGCUGUUGGGCGCCGUUGUCCGCGGUCAACAUUCUGAUCCUGUGUCUGGGCCCCAGCGACGGUUUGGUGCGGAUCCGUCUUUGCUUCUUGGCCAUGGCUUACGGAACCACCAUCUUUCACCCUCUGCUCUACGCUUUCACCAGGCAGAAGCUGCGGCGGGCCCUCAAAACGCGGGUGAAGAAAAGGGUAGUCUCCCUUCUGCAGGUGGACCCAGCUCCCAUAGGCGGGACCGUCAUUCAUAACUCCUGGGUGGAAGGGGGGGGCCAGCGGAAGAGUCGCAAGCCCCGGGUGGAGGCCAGCGACGGCACUGAUCGAUGCCUCACCGAGGCUGUGAGGGAAUGAGGCUGGUCUUCAUCGUGCGCGUACGCGUGUGUGGGUGUUGGAGGGAUUGUGUGCAAUUUUCCAUUGAUGGAUGGCGUGUUUAUCCUUGCAUGCACGUGAGAGGCAAUUAGUUUACAAAGGACGGAUCCCGUGACCUCCGCUUGCAGGCUGAUGUGGCGACAGGUGAGGUCUAACAAGAGCCAUUUUUCUGCACUCCUUUACGUACAUCACACCUGAAAAUAGCCCACACUAUAGCAAUAUAGAGGCUCGGAUGACAUUAGAUCGAUACUGUACGGCUCCUGCAUCCAUAGAUAGAACCACACACACACAGGUCAGCGCUUGGUCAUUAAAAAGCACACCAAUGUCUACCUGCACACGUAUUCUCAGUGAGAACAAAUGUUUUUCCCCGAUUUUUUUCAUGCCUUAAUUAAGUUAGUGAAAUACAGUAUUAUGGUGCUGCUGUGUGUUUACAAAAAAUACGAGUGAGAGAAAAAUAUGGUCAGUAAUGGCAAGCAUUCGGAUUCAAAGUUUACAGUGUGAAAUUACCAGCAAACUGGUAAAAAAAAAAAAAAAACGUAAAAAAAGGCACCAAUUUGUGAAACCAGGGCAAAAUUAAAGGAAAAGUUCACGUUUUAAAAAUCAUCCACAAUCCUUAUUUGACACAUGAACACACAUCUUUCUCUUUUCUGUGCAUUCUAAAGAUAUAAAAACAGCUAAAAAGAGGCAGCUAAGAAUGCAAGUGGAUUGAAGCUUACCUCACUGAGCGCCAACAAUAUGUCAGAGUCCAAUCCGUUGAAUCAGUCGCCCUCCGACUGUCAACUGGUCUUCCUCAAGGAUCACAUUUAGGACCGUCGUUGUUUCCGCCUUACAUUAAAAGGUUCCUCAACUUUGCUUAAAUAUGUUGUACGUUGUUGGUAAUUAUGGUCUACGUUGUUCCAUUUUUGAAAGCAAACGGUAAACUUGCAAAAAUGACAUUUCUAGUUCACGGAGCCACUCGUGACGAGCUAGCUCUCGCAGUUCAGCCUCAUGUCAUGUUUUUGCGCAUGCACAUCACUUCCGUUCACAUGAACAGGCCGCAUCUUUUUGGUAACGUGAACAACCACAUGAAAAAAAUGGGAUUUGAAGAAAAAAAUCCAAAUUGUGCAUCACACCCUGCAGUGUGAAUGUAGCCUGUCUUGCUAUGUGAAACCAAUUCUCAGAGCAUUCAGUCAAUAGCAACUGGACUGAUCAGGUUGUCUUAGAAGACGUUUCGCCUCUUGUCCGAAAAGGCUUCAUCAGUUCAUGCUCAAAGACUAGGUAGGACAAACACCAGACUAGAGCUGUCCUAUCUAGUCUGAUUGGUGUGUAAUGGGACACACACCAGAGUAGAGCUGUCCUAUCUAGUCUGAUUGGUGUGUGUCCCACUUAGUAUUUAAGCAUGAAUCGCAACUGGGCUGUUCAGGUUGUCUUAGAAGACCUUCCGCCACUCAUUCGAGCACACUUCAUCAGUCAGACUAGAUAGGACAGCUCUAGUCUGGUCAAUCGAUCGCAACUGGACUGUUGAGGUUGUCUUAGAAGAUGUUCCACCUUUCCAGUUCAGGCUAAAAUACUAGGUGGGACACACACCAGACUCGAGCUGUCCUAUCUAGUCUGACUGGUGUGUGUCCCACCUAGUAUUUGAGCAUGAACUGAUGACGCCUGCUCGAAUGAGAGGUGGGAACAUCUUCCAAGACAACCUGAACAGUCGAGCUGUGACCAAUUGAAUUUCAAUGCCCUGAGAGUACAAUGACCUGGAUGAAUGAGAAUAUUCACAGGCACACUAAAAUGACCAAAAUCGGGCAAAAUACUGCAAGUAUUCCAUGUUAUCAUGAACGUACCUGUUACUACAUGCUCACAGCAUGGAUAGAAAACCACAAAACCUUGUUGGAGGUGUUUUAAAUGGCGGAAUAGGUGCGUCCAAUUACGAGCACUGCUCGCUGUUUAUAGAACGCACAGAAAAGAGAAAGACGUGUGUUCAUGUCUCACGUAAGGCUGUGGAUGAUGGGCACAAGUCCAAAAAAAUUGCACUUUUCCUUUAAGCUAAAAAGGCAUGACUUUUUUUUUCUUCUGUUUCUACAAUUGAUUCGGUGAUGAAGAUGAUGAUGGUUUGUGAUGGCGUGGUGUUUUCUGCGUGUAUGCCUGUGAGUUCAUGUUUGUUUGUUUGUUUGUUCCCAAAUGAGCAAAGCAAUGACCCCUGAACAUGUGAACAAAACGAAUGUGAACACACAAUUGUUGCUUUUUUUUAUCUAUUUCCCCUCCCGAUGACACAGUGAGGCAAAGGGACUUUAAUGACAACGUGGCGAGCUACUGUAAUAACUUGUGUGUGUAGAACUGCAGCAGGCCGCUAGCACCACUGUAUCUGUUUCAAAGUGGAAAUCAAGGGCAAUAUUUUGUAAAAAAAAAACAAAAAAAAAAGAAAAAAAAGUAAAAAAAGGCCACCUGACACUGUCUCUGUAGUCACAGCAGGUAAUAAAGUAUUUUAAAGCGGAUAAAUACUGACAAGAGACAAAAAUGAAGCAUACUGUGGAGGGUAGAACUGACCUUUGCGUCCUGGACAUAUUUUCACCGUACCCGUGUUUCUCAAUCUCCUCAGGGCUCACAUUUACAAACGUGCUGGACGUGAAAUGAUAAACCAGCCCUCAAUCAGCUCUUCUAUAACGUGUGUUGCCGUAACUCAAGAUUUAUGUCACCAAAUAAGUAGAGAACACUUUCGUCUUUGUAUGAACUCUAGUCCUGGGAGACCUUUGGGCUGCUCCAUCAUUCCCACCCCCGUUUACACGAAUUGUGAACCCAACACAAGUCAAUCAUUCUUGUAUGUUCAUGUACAUUUUUCAGGGAUGUAAAUACUGAAGUGCCAGAUUUUGGGUUUAGUCAAGAAGCUUCUUCCCCCCCCCCCUUCUUUUCUGGUCACAAUCAUCUGCCGGACAGAAAGAGAACCAUUGUGAUGACGUGAGUUCCUGUAAAGAGAUACGUGUAAUCGUAUUUGUGUUAAUAAUCUAUGUGUGUAAUCUGUACUGUACAUUUAUGAGCCUGUGUAUAGAGAAAUAUUAGUAUUGUAUAAAAUUUAUAUUGCGUGUUAUUGUAUAGAACAGAAUCUGAAUUAAAACAUAAUCUAAGAAUCAGCUUUGUACUUGUGUCACACUGGACUGAAACGAUAAUUACCAUGCCGACAUGAGGGGAAUAUGAUGUCACACUAAAAAUAGCUCCAAAAAGCCGAUCAUAAAAAAAAAGGCUCCAAUGAGGUGAGAUUGCCCGUACUGUGCAGAUGAGCGAAUCAAGCGCUCCUUUUUUCUCCGGUCUGUGACGUUAACGGCCUGUCGCAACUUCCCCUGAGCCAACUUGUAAACAAACAUUCACUUUAAGAGGAAGGACGUUGUACCAAAUGCAAAAAACGCGGUGUUUGAAAAGUGCAAAAGGUUUACCAGAGACCUCCGUGGCGUCACACUGGCUGCUUGGAGCGUGUGGCCGAAUACAGUGCACCUUGCUGGGCCACAGCAGGUGGCUCCUCUCCUCUAUACUCUGGUUCUGGUCUUCUGGUCAUCACAUCUAAUUAGGAUAGAUCAACAGCUACACUUCGUCAAAUCCCAAUUUGUUCCCGUCCUUCUUACCUCCAGGUGUGCACAAACUACAUUUUGAUCUAAAAAGAAAAAUAGAUAUAACAAAGUUAUAGGUUAUUGGUACCAUAUCGGUCUUAAGAAGCAGAAAGUUAUCGUGCAUCUCUAGCAUUUUUAGUACAGGGCAGCAUCGGUUUUCGUCAUCGGAGUCGUCCCUCGCUACAUCACGGUCCAUUAUCUCUCCCUCGCUAUGUUGAGUUUUUCAGAAAUUCAUGAACGGUCUAUUACUAGUCAGAACUAUUGCAGUACAGGUGCUAUGCAGUAUUGUGUCCACUAGGCGGCAGUAAUGUUACAUUGAUGAGACGUCCGUCCUUCUUACAUUACCCUACCUUCCACUCCACAUAGCCAGUCAUGGAUGCAGACUGAAAAAAGCUUCUCCUCUCCUCCUUCCGUGUGGAAGUGGUAAGUUUGUGGCUUCUGACUAUGUCCUUCCCCACUAUGAAACCCUUUUUUAAGUUUAGAAGGAAUAAAUUGGAGGUUAACUGGUUAGCUCGCUCGCUUGCUAGCUAACAGCCGUCUAGAGUCUCUGUAGUACAAUAGUUGUGCAAACCGCUGCAAACGGUGAGUAACAAGAGUGUAAAAGCGACUAUAGGGGUGGUAUUUCACGUCAUAAAUAGGUUUUCUAUGAUCUAUGAAAAUAUUCAAUUUAUUAACUCUGGAUCAUAUAUCACAGAAAUGAAUUUAUCACGCUCGGGUCUGGAGCCAAUCAACCGUCGUAAACGAGGGGCGACCGUAUAGUGGAAGUUCUCAAAACACAGUUCGUGCUGGGAUGCUGCUGAACAUCUGAUUUGCAGGCCUGUGUAGAUUGUCAGUCAUCCAGGUCUCGGUAAUGCGCAAAGGUGGAACCAAGGCUACGGGACGUUUCGCUUUGAGUCCAAAAGGCUUGUGGUGUCCCCGUGUUUGUGUCCCUGGUGGGUGUGUCCCUUUGGGGUGGUCACAAUUGGGGUGGUUGUUGCCGGGCAUGACUUGUGAAUGACCGUGCUGCAUAAUGAUAGGUCUUGCCGGUGAAUAUUGUCAUUCAUCCAGGUCAUUGUAUUCUCAGGGCGUUGAGUCGAUGGCAGCUGGACUUCUCAGAAGACGUUUCGCCUCUUGUCCAAACAGACUUCAUCAGCUGAUGCUCAAUGACUAGGUGGGACAAACACUAGUCUGACUAGGUAGGACGGCCCCAGUCUGCCUGAGAAUAACAAUAAAUCGUUCACCUGUCUGGUGGCAAAACGUCAAUGGAAUGAGACAAUAUCUGGGGGAGACCAAACCUCCUCCUCUGUUUCUUUCCUUUUUUAUAUUUUUACUGCUUUUCGUUUAUUGUUAUAUGAGUCUUCUGUGAUGUAAAAGGAGGUUGCAAGAUUUUAGGUUAUUCCGGUUACAUGAAAAAAGUAACAGGUCCGUAUGAUCGCUAGCAGAUGAGUAAAUGAUCCCACCAUCCUCACCAUGAGCAACAAACCAACCAGAGGGGGGCGCAGCUUUAAAGUAGAGGGUUCAGGUUACUUUAUGGUGCUCGAUCUGGAUGUAGCAAGGCCGUCUCCACACAGCAGGCUGUGAAAACCUCUGUGAGUUCCCCUCGGCCCUGACUUAGAGGUCUCGCCUUCAUACGGAAAGAUCCAUCCAUCCAUCUUCUACCACUUAUUUGAGUUCGGGUCGUGGGGGCAGCAACCUAAGCAGGGAAGCUCAGGCUUCCCUCUUCAUCCAGCUCCUCCUUCCCAGGCCAGUUGAGAGACAUAGUCUCUCCAACGUGUCCUGGGUCUUCCCCGAGGCCCCCUACCGGUCGGACCUGCCCUAAACACCUCCCCAGGGAGGCGUCCAGGAGGCAUCCUUACCAGAUGCCUGUGCCAUUUUAUCUGGCUCAGAGCAAUGCAGAUGAGCAGCGGUUCUACGCCGAGUUUCUCCCGGAUGACAGUGCUUCUCACCUUAUCUCUAAGGAAGAGCCCAGCGACCCCACGGAGAAAACUCAUUUCGGCCGCUUGUACCCGCCAUGUUGUCCUUUUGGUUGCUACCCAGGGUUCAUGGCCAUAGUAGGUGAGGGUAGGGAUGUAGAUCCACCGCUAAAUUGGGAGUUUUGCCUUUCAGCUCAGCUCCCUCUUCACCACAAAGGACGGACAGAUCUCGCCUUCCAUCCUUAAAUGGAGUUGUCAGGCCGGGAGGUGCGCACGCUUGGGGUAACUAGGGUUUAGACAAGGGCAACGAUGUCCAAAUCGUGGCUAGGGAGCACCGCUUGAGUGAAAGAAGGCAUUUACAUCCAACUUAUAGUAAUGACUUAACCUCUCUCUCCCAAAGAUUGUCUCGUUCCAUUGGAAGAGUGGCCACUAAUGAGCUGUUGUGCCACCAGUCAGGAGAACUACCUAUUGUUAUGCAGGACAGCCUUUGCCAGCCCCGCUUGGCAACAACCACAACAACAACGACCCAAUUGUGACCGCCCCUGGGGGACACGGCCACCAGAGACAUAAACGUCUCUCUCAAAGCUGCAUAGAACCCAUUUUAGGACAUCUCAAGUCUUGGUGACACUACGAAGAAUUGGGACACCACUUGGGUAAGAUCUUCUUGUGGAUUCAAUGGAUACCUCCGUUUUUCCAACAGAAGGUGUUCUUGCGUUAUUUCUUCAGGGGCAAAGGAUGGAUUCAUCCUGCUGGGGGGGGGCGACUGUGUGCCAUUCCUCCUUUUUCCUGCUCUGGACCUUCGCUGUCCCUCCCUCCCUGCAUCUUCUGAUUCCUCUCCACAUGUAUUUGAUCCCUAAAUAUAGAAUCUGUGUCCCAGAUACUUGCAGUAUUUAGCGAUGACUCUACUC